GGCGUCAGAGUCAGAGUUAGAGUGAGACAGCGGUUUGUGGACGCACAAAAUUUAGCAGCGUUUGCGUUUGCGUUUGCGUUUGCGUGUGAGAGUGAGUGAGUGAGUUUUGAAUUUGACAUUUAUACCCUCUUUGAUCUUCAUCUUCUCUCCGUUUCCAUGGCGCCUCCGAUGAGGAUCCUUUUCGGACUUCUCACAUUUGUCACCAUCGGAAUGAUUAUAGGUGCUCUCUCGCAAUUGGCAUUCAUACGAAAAUUGGAAGAAUCAUAUGGCACUGAGUCUUUUCCAUUUAGAAGAUUGCGUGGACUUGAGGGUGAUGGUUACCUUCAGUUGCCCAGAGGUAUUCCUCAUUGGAGUAAUGACAAGGAAGCAGAAAUCUUACGCCUUGGAUAUGUCAAACCUGAAGUGCUUAGCUGGUCUCCACGAAUUAUUUUAUUGCAUAACUUCCUGAGCAUGGAGGAAUGUGAUUAUCUCAGGGCUAUAGCACACCCUCGCCUGCAAGUUUCAACAGUGGUGGAUACCAAAACUGGAAAGGGAAUCAAGAGCGAUGUCAGGACAAGCUCUGGUAUGUUUUUGAGUCCUGAAGAGAGAAAAUAUCCUAUGGUACAUGCAAUUGAAAAAAGAAUUUCUGUCUAUUCUCAAGUACCAAUUGAACAUGGAGAGCUUAUGCAAGUCCUGAGGUAUGAGAAGAAUCAGUUUUACAAACCACAUCAUGACUAUUUUUCUGAUACUUUCAACUUGAAGCGUGGUGGGCAGCGAGUAGCUACAAUGCUACUGUAUUUAAGUGACAAUGUUGAGGGAGGGGAAACAUAUUUCCCAAUGGCUGGUUCAGGUGAAUGUAGCUGUGGUGGGAAAUUUGUCAAAGGGCUAUCCGUGAAACCAAUCAAAGGAAAUGCAGUGCUUUUCUGGAGUAUGGGACUGGAUGGACAGUCAGAUCCGAAUAGUGUGCAUGGAGGAUGUGAGGUACUCUCUGGGGAGAAGUGGUCAGCUACCAAGUGGAUGAGGCAGGCAGUUCACACUUGAUUUAGCUUUAACCAUCUUGUCUCCCUGAAAAAAAAAAAAAGUCACUAAUGGGAUUUCUCCCCUCAUAUUCGUCCUUAUAAAAAAAUAAUUGAUUAGUUAUUGUUAAUAUAAAUAUUUGAUAGUGGUAAAAGCUUCAAUCAAUAAACUACAGCGUAGUCAGAUAUUAUUAUUUGCGCCGGGGAUGGUUUAGUCUAUAUCAUUGUGUAUCUUUGCGAAAGAUAUACCCCCCCCUCUUUUUAUUGUAGUUUCUGAUAAAUCUCUAGACAUUUUAUCGGAAUUAUCACUGGUCUUGGU